AUGAAUAUCGAGCAAGUUUCGUGUCCUAUAUGCCAAAUCGAUUUUCCAUCGUCGUUGAUCGAGUCCCAUGUUACAAAAUGUUUAUUUUUGAUCGACUCAAACACCGCGGGUGUUUCGAAAGAGUCUAGUCAAAGUCCAGGAAGUAAAUCACUUCAAUCCAAAAAUUUUCUUAUGAAGAAGCCCGAUAAUAAAAUUACAAAAAGAAAAAUUACUUCAGGACAAACAUUUUUGAUUACAAAGGGCGAUUGUACAAAGCAAAAUUUGGAGAUCAAAGAAAAUGUGGACAAACCAGCUAAGAAACCUCGAAUUAACGAACAUAUACCUCUUGCUGAAAAAAUGAGACCCUUUAAUUUCUCAGGAUAUAUUGGACAAGAACAUAUUCUUGGACCUCAAUGUGCUUUGUAUCAAUUAUUGCAUAAGGGAGAAAUACCUAAUAUGAUUUUAUGGGGACCACCUGGAUGUGGCAAGACCUCUUUGGCAAAUGUUAUAGCACAUAUAUGUAAAAAUAAUACAACCAAUAUGAUGCGAUAUGUAAAACUAUCUGCUGCUAUGGCAGGAGUUAAUGAUUUGAAAGAAGUAAUUAAUAUUGCUGCUAAUGAAUUGAAAUUCGGCCGACGUACUGUGGUGUUUAUGGAUGAAAUACAUCGCUUUAAUAAAACUCAACAAGACGUUUUUCUUCCUCAUGUAGAAUCAGGAACUAUUACUCUUAUUGGAGCUACAACUGAAAAUCCUUCGUUCAAUUUAAACUCUGCAUUGUUAAGUCGUUGUAGAGUACUUGUUUUGGAAAAAUUGUCUAUUUCUAAUUUAGUAUCUAUUUUAAAAUGUGCAUUAUCUUCAUUAGGUGGCAUAAUGCAAAUUUCAUCUGAAUCAAAAGCUAUAACCAACUUAUCAAGCGGAAUUAUUUCAGAAGCAUGUGGAUCUUCUACAUCGCCGAUUCCAAGAUUCAUUGUAGAUGAAGCUACCAUACUGUGGUUAGCAGAAACAAGCGAUGGUGAUGCUAGAAUAGCUUUAGGUGGUUUAGAACUUGCUGUGCAAUCUAAAACACCAAGCAAAGAAGAAUUUUUAAAAACUGAUCCUGUACUGAUAACAUUAAAUGAUAUUAAAGAAAAUCUUAGGAAAACACAUAUGUUAUAUGACAAAAAAGGGGAUCAACAUUAUGAUAUGAUUUCAGCUUUACAUAAAUCGGUAAGAGCAAGCGAUGAAAACGCUUCUCUUUAUUGGUUAACUAGAAUGAUCGCGGGUGGUGAAGAUCCAGUUUAUAUAGCAAGAAGAUUAGUUAGAAUGGCAUGUGAAGAUGUUGGCUUAGAGGAUCCAAAAGCUUUGAGUAUCGCCGUACAUACUAUGAAUGGUUGUAAAAUGAUAGGUAUGCCAGAAUGUGAUGUUCUUUUGGCACAAUGUACGACUUAUCUAGCUCGUGCUCCAAAGUCUAGAUUGAUGGAAGAUGCGCUUAGAGCAGCUCAACGCGUAGUAGCAAAUCAUAAAGGCCCGCAACCAGGAGUUCCAUUACAUUUAAGAAAUGCUCAAACAAAAACUCUGAAGGAUCUUGGGUAUGGUAAAGGAUAUAAUAUGUUGCAUAAAGAUGAAUCUAAAUUGAAUUAUUUACCAGAAGGAUUAGAAAAUGUUGAUUUCUUUGUGAAAAAUUAGGAUAUUAGAUUUGAAGGUCUAUAGAAUUUUUUUUAUA